UUUUCCAAUCUGUAGUUGUCGCUUGUUGUCUUGUGGCGUUGGAGAUUUUGGAUGUGGGCACAACAAUGAGAGUCUUUACGACGAUACUAACAUCCGACUCUUUACCAUCUCGCACAGCCACUCUAGCGAGCAGAAGAGGUCACGUGAUCAACACAACCUUGUACGACAAUCAGAAAUCUACAUAGUUGCAUAAAAAUGGCAGAAGAUUUUGUAUUACCAGAACGUUUAGCUCAUUGUCUCAUGUUGGCUCACGAUUUUCGGUGACUGUCGGACACACAUACUAAUCACGAAGACAAAUUACAGAUCAAGAACAUUAUAUACCAUUUGGUGAAGGGCUUGGUCAGAGUAUUACUGAGCGAACGAUAGCAGCACGGCGACGGAUGCCGAUCCUCACUGAAAGGAUCACUUGUUUAUUCGCUGCCGGAUCAGAUGGAGGAUUGCUCGGCCAUAUCAAAGCAACGAACAGAGCUUGUGCAGUGGACAUUAAGCGGAUGCGCACUAAUUUCACUGUCAUAUUUAUUGGUCAGGACUCCAAGGUAUCUUAAUACGGGACUUUCUUGUGAAAAUAAAAAAGAUGACAUCGAAGAAAAGAAGCAAACCGGUUGUGGUGGCGAAGGUGAAUACAUUGAUGUCACUCGAUUUAUGGACACCGCAGUCGUUUGGCAAAGAUUUCGUUAUCGGUCGACGAGUCCGGCUGCUGUCAAGAAGAGAUCAAUGCAGCUGCUGCAGCGAUUGAAGUGUGUGCAUGAUGAACUGACUCACGAGCGACUACGUAACGAUCUGUCAGCAAAAGUUGUAAGCAAGGAUCACUGUGACAUGGUCAACUGCAGAAGCGGAUAUAUCAUCGAAGACUUACCAAUUGACCAGUUUUGGAACGGCUUCGAAGAUCUCUCUGGUAAACAGUUGUAUACAACACGACAUUCUAAUCUGGAGUGA